UCCAACACAACCUAAUUUGCUCAAUCACUUUCCUUGCCUUAGUAUUCCAAACUCACAUUUUUCACAUAUGGCACCUUCACUUCCAACAUUUUUUCUCUCAUUCAUCCUUUCUCUCUCCACCGUCACUCACUCCUCUCCACUCCACUCCUUCUUCUACGGCGGCUGCUCCCAACUUCACUACUCCCCCGACGACACCGCCUACACUUCCAACCUCAACUCCCUCCUCACUUCCUUAGUCAACUCCGCCACUUACAUGUCCUACAACCACUUCGCCGUCGCUGGUACCUCACCCAACGACGUCGUUUACGGCCUUUACCAAUGCCGCGGCGACCUCUCCAUGCCGGACUGCGCCACCUGCGUAGCAUACUCCGUCAGUCGACUCGGAGCCCUCUGCCCGGGAACAUGCGGCGGCGCAAUCCAACUCCAAGGGUGCUACGUCAAAUUUGAUAAUGAUACGUUCAUCGGAGCCGAGGAUAAGACGGAGGUGUUUAAGAAAUGUGGGCCUCCUACGGGGUAUCAAGAUAAGGUAGCGGGUCGAGAUGCGGUGUUGGAUGGGGUGGUUGGUGGUGCUGGAGGAAUUUAUCGGGCCGGUGGUUCGAAAGAUGUGGCGGUGAUUGCGCAAUGUGUAGGAGAUUUGGGUGGAGGACAAUGUCAAGAUUGUUUGCAAGAAGCAGUUACACAAGUGAAGAUGGUUUGUCCAAUGAGUGCGUAUGGAGACAUGUUUUUGGGCAAAUGUUAUGUUAGGUAUACUAUUGGAGGUGGUCGUGGAUAUUUUAAUUCCUAUACUAAUGGAUCCGACAAAAACAGAGGUGUGAAAACAUUUGCUCUCAUAAUUGGAUUAUUAGCUGCUAUUGUCAUCGCCAUCAUAUUUCUCACUUUCAUUUGCCGAGUCUUUGCUAGAAGUAGUAAAUAAAUGAUUAAAAUAUUUCAGAUUGUUCGUCCUAAAAAUUAUUGCUUUUCACACCAACUACCUGCAGGGUUAGUCUUAUUUUUUUUUUCUCUUCGUAAUGGUAACUUUCCAUCCAAUAUUCAUGUAUUUAUAACUUAAAUUAAAAUAUGAGAUUAUUUAUAUUAUUGU